CAGUGGCCAUGGCGGAGACUGCGGCGGCAGCAGCAGCGGCGGAAGCCGCCUCGGCAGGGACCCCUCCUUUCCAGCUGGGCAAACCCCGCUUCCAGCAGACUUCCUUCUAUGGCCGCUUUCGGCAUUUCCUGGACAUCAUUGAUCCCCGCACUCUCUUUGUUACUGAGAGCCGCCUUAAAGAAGCCGUACAGCUCUUAGAAGAUUACAAGCAUGGGACGCUGCCUCCUGGGGUCACCAAUGAACAGCUUUGGAGUGCACAGAAAAUCAAGCAGGCCAUCCUACACCCGGAUACCAAUGAGAAGAUCUUCAUGCCUUUCAGGAUGUCAGGUUACAUCCCCUUUGGAACACCCAUUGUUGUCGGCCUCCUCCUGCCCAACCAGACCCUGGCCUCCACCAUCUUCUGGCAGUGGCUGAACCAGAGUCACAAUGCCUGCGUCAACUAUGCAAACCGCAACGCAACCAAGCCUUUGCCUGCAUCCAAGUUCAUCCAGGGUUACCUGGGAGCCGUCAUAAGUGCUGUCUCGAUUGCAGUGGGCCUUAACGCUCUGGUUCAAAGAGCAAACAAGUUCACCCCAGCCACCCGCCUUCUCAUCCAGAGGUUCGUGCCAUUCCCAGCUGUAGCAAGUGCCAAUGUUUGUAACGUGGUCCUGAUGAGGCACAACGAACUGGAGGAAGGCAUCGAUGUCCUGGACAGUGAUGGGAACAUCGUGGGCUCCUCAAGAAUUGCGGCCAGACAUGCACUGAUUGAGACGGCCCUGACUCGAGUGGUCCUUCCCAUGCCCAUCCUGGUUCUACCUCCAAUCAUCAUGUCUGUGCUGGAAAAGACGUUCCUCCUGCAGUCUCGUCCCCGGCUUCUCCUACCUGUGCAAAGCUUCGUGUGCCUUGCCGCCUUUGGCCUGGCCCUGCCUCUCGCCAUCAGUCUCUUUCCACAGAUGUCAGAGAUUGAAACAUCCCAACUGGAGCCAGAGAUUGCACUGGCCACAGCCAGUCGGACAGUGGUGUACAACAAAGGCCUGUGAGUGGAAGCAGGUCCUCUGGCCAGAGAGGCAACCAGGCCAGAGGACCGGGUAGGGUGAGGGCUGGGGAGAGGAAAUGUCAGCCUGCCCUCCUGACUCUAAGUAGUUGAGUGAGGAGUUCCAAGCUAAUACCACAUCACUAAGGAAGUAACAUUUUCAGAGAACCACCACCUUGCAGGAGGUUGGGAGGUUAAGGCAGUCAGAUUUUAACAUAGGGGAGAAGGGGGUGGGGGGGAACCUAGUUCAGGGGAGAAUCAGAUUUUAUAGAAAGGAAAUACUAUAAUCAAGUGCAUUUCUGGGCCCUGGUGGGGAGCUUAGAGAACCCAUCCCAGCACAAUCAUGAGUGAAGCUGGGAAGAAAUAUAUAGAAUGCCCUAGGGAGAGAAAUAGGGUGUUGGGAUUUUUAAAUUUUUUUGUUUCUUUUGUUUGGUUGGGUUUUUUGAAGAGAAAACUGAGUCUUAACACUGGUUGAUGCUGCAAAGAAGCCAUUUCAUAGCUGGGUGGAUGAGCAUGGGAAUUAGGCACAUGAAUUUGAUGGGUUCGGGGGGUGCUGCAUCACAUGUCCUCUAGGGAAAACUAGAGCCCUGUAGCCCAAUCUUGCCCUGCCUAACCUGGUGUUCCCAGUGAAUAGGAGAUGCUACAUGUGUCCCUUUCCCCUUCCCUUCCCUUCUCUCCCUUCGUUGAAGACUGGAACCCAACUGGACUGGAACUUGAGAUCCUGGGGCCUUCCCAUUAAUGGGACCAGGAAAGUAUGUCCCUAUCCCCAGUAGGAGCUUUCUACCCUCUGGAGCCCCCCAGAUGAGGAAGCCACAGGCCAGUAAUCAGGGGCACCAAAGCAAGCCAAAAUCCAGAGCUUCUGGGAGACUGGGUGCCUCCACUUGGUGAUUUGGGAAAGGGAGGCAGGAAGGGGUGCUACUGAGGGCACGAUGACAUUGGAAGUACUUUACAGCUGUGAGUGCUUCUAAAACUAAGGACUGAACCAUCCUUGGAAGAAGAUGCCAGCAGCACUUUAUAUACUGUAAUACGAGAGGGAUAAAGACUUUAAAUGGCCCAAAUUGGAGGGGGCUAGGGAAUGGAGGAAGGAAAUGGCAGCAAGUUCUCGGGGUUGCAAUCCAGACUGGGGACCGAUGCUCUGGAGUGUUCCCCUGAGCUCUUUGGGACAGACUAGACCUGGCCUCUGGUCCAGAACUCUAGCCGGAAGGAUCAGGAUCAGACACGUCCUCUGGCUCAAGCAAUGUCAACCCUUCCAGGAUGGCCUGGCACCCCUUCCCACCAUGGAAGCCCAUUAGUAACCAAACCUCAGAUGGCACCUGCCCACCUGUCCAGCCAUCUUAGCUAAACCAGUGCGUCCUGAAGUCCCCUGUCCUCUGCUUCUCCCUACUCUACCCCUACCAGGAAUAAGCCAAGACUUGAUAGAAGAAAGGUCAUCUAAAUCCUUGAAAAUGACCCAGACAUUCAUUCCUUCCAGCCUCCAAAGCCAUUGCAGCUCCAGGGGUAGAAAGAAUUCCCCUCUCUUCCCUUCCUAAGGAGGAGAGACCUAGGAAUUAAGGAUAUGCCAAUCCUCUUGGGAUGGGGACCAUCUAGGAAAAGCCAUCUAGGGCAUAUCUGCCCAGGGAAGACGGAAAUGAGCCUUCCACUCCUCAGGAGGAUCAAUGGAGGUAGGGACCACAUAUCAACAAUAAGGCUCAACCUCAGGAUGGAUGUGCAACUGGCCUGGAUGUUUGGACCAAUUUGCGCUUAUUUCCCUCUAGACCCCUCUGCCCAAACAACAGCCUGCCCCCUUAGACCUGGACAUCCCUUGGAUUUGGGAAAACAUGCAAAGCUUCUCCCAUCCCCUCUUUUCUCCUCCCCCUCUCCUUUACUGUCCUCCCCAAGUGGGUUUUGUAUCAGGGAUGCAGAGAGCUGUUGCUUGUGGCUCAGGCCUAAGAGAAUGCUUUGGUGGAAAGCCCAAAUCCCUGAGCUAGACUUGCUUUGUGACCCUAGUAAAAUGACUUCCCCUCUCUGGGCCUCGAUUUCCUCAUCAGCAUGACGGGCAGUGGUGGGAGGAUGGGCACUUACAUUGAUCUUAGAAGUCUUUUCCAGCUUACACAGCCUUUGAUGCUUUGACUCCUGUUCAAAACUGGACACAGAAAGGUAUAGGCUGACAUCCGCCUGGACAGAUCCCAUAAGGGAUUGAGAAGGACCAACCAUUAUUAUCAAUGAUUAUGUUGAAAGAAAAAAAAUCCCUGUUUCAGUAACAACAACGCCUCAGCUGUCAAAAGCAAUACUAGCCUCUUGGGAGGGAUCCCUGGAGGCCAGACCUUAGCUGUGAUUUGGGGAUUUCUGGAGCCCUCACUCUACUCCCCAAAUGUAGUCAGAGCUCAAAAAGGGAGAGCUUACUGGGGCCUGGAGGGACCACCUGUAACUUCUUACUCACUUAUCUUGCAGCUUGGUCUCCUGUGAGAUGCCUUGGUCUGCUGUGAAGAGUGAUAGGCUUAGAACAAGGUCUCUCUAUCCAGCUUGGGAAAAGGAUAGCCAAACUGUGCCCCAUAGAGAUGGAGAGGAAAAGCCAGUCUAGUCCCCUUGGCUCUGGGAUGGGCAGUAGAACUCCACCAGCCAAGGGGAGCAGUGGGGUGACAGUCACUUUUCUCAAGGAGGCUUCCUCCUACCAGACUGAGCUAGGAAAAGGGGCCCAGAGAAAGGAAGCAAUUUGCUGAAAGUCAUACAGGGAAUACCUUGGGGACCAAGAUGGCGGGUGAGACUCUCCUUUCUCUUCUGAAAUGUCAGCUUGUGGUACCAGCUACUCUCUUGGUUUGUUACCCAAGUCCCCAUCCCCAGUCUCUUAGACAUAGCUGUGAGCCCUUUGGGGUGGGGGCCAGAGCAUCCAGGGACAAAGAUACCCCAGAGAACCAAGUACAGAGGCCAAAGUCUGUGUGUUGGGCAGGAGGAGGAGGCAUGGCCUGCUGUUCGGCAGUUAGGCUGGACCUAGUGCCAGUAGCUAUACCACCCCCACCCCCAUCCCUAAUAGGGCGAUGCUCAAUAUGGCCGGCCCAGAGCUGGGUCUUUCCUUUCCUGCCUCACCCUGGGCUGAGAAGAGCCAAUCCCACUAUAAUGUGAACUUCCUAUAAUUCCAAGGUUUUAGAGGACUACGUCUGGGCACAUUCAUGUAUGCCUACCUGUGGGCACAGGAAGCUGGAGGCCCCAGCUUCCCUUCCAAGGGUUUUCACUCAGCACCUGAAGCCCUACCCUGUGCACUUUAUCUUGGGACACGACUGCUAGCAGACAUCCCCCAAGGAGAUGGGGAGGGAGCCGCCAAGGCCCACCGGGCCAGGAUCCUCAGAUUCUGGCCCUCUCUUUUCCAUUGUCUUCCAGCUGAUUUUUAGCAAUCUUAACUGAGUCAGGUGUCUUUUCCAGAAGGUGUGAAUGAUGAGAGAGGUGGUAGAGGCAGCAGAGACCUCCUUUCCACACAAGCUGAAGAUCAGUGGAGGAGUAAUCUGCCUUUCAACCACUCUGAUCCCCCAUGCCCUACCCCAAACCUUGCUGGGGAAGCAGCCUUGCAGAUAACCACUGGCCCAGAAUUUCCCCACUUCUUCCCAGGCAAGAAGAAAAGAAUGUUGGCAGCCAGGGAAAAGGGCUGGAUGCUCCCUGGUUCCUUGCGGUGUUGAUCUGCCACACUGAUGGAGGGUGCCAAGUCUGGGGGUCAGGUGGGCAGAGGCGGCUUCAGCUACUACUGAACUCAGGGUUUUGCCCACCCUGUGCAACAGCCCGUCUGUAGAUGUUUCUCAUCCUUCACCCAGCUGCUUCCAGAUCUACCACAGAAGGACUACUCUUCUGCCCAGGUUGGGAGGAUGGCCCAUUUGGGUCUCUCAAAGGGACCAGGUCCCAAGGAUCAUAUGUCAAGAGAUCCAGGCCCCUCUGGAGGAGGAGAACGGACCAAUCUCUCUACUCACCAUACCCUCAUCUUCCUUCCCUGCUGCAGCCUGGGUCCUUGAUCUGGACGGCCUCAGCCACCAUGUACGUGAUCAUGUCCACAAGAGCCCCUUCGUGUUCUGUUGGGGUGGGGGGAGGGGGGAAUGGGGGAAACCUGUUCCAAAUUGCCAAUUGUCUUCCAGCCCAGCCCAGGGCUCAAUGUGAAUAAUUGUAUUGCCCUAUAUACCUCGGCCAGACCAGGGGAUUUGCCAACCGUGGGCAUAGAGUCUUUUUAACCUUCUGAAUCAAUUUCUCAUUCUUUGUGAUUUAUGUAACACCAAUAAACACCAAGGAUUAAAGCUCUAA